ACUAUUCAAUACACUUUUUCUUUUUUCUUCGCAGACACAAAGUAGCGUACACAAUACGCCAGCUUCCCACCGGAGCCCAACACUUAGACCAUUGCCUCGAGAGCGACCUCAUCGACAACCGCAGUCAGCAUUCAGCGCCGUGUUUUAUAAACUGGCGAGAAAGUUUGCACUGCACGUAGUACAACAACAAGUCGGACGGACUCAGUCUUUGCACGCGCAUCACCAUUGUCAAAACGAAACGAGUGUAUAACGAACUUGGAAACUUUUCUAGAGCACUAAAUGCGUCAGUUGUUCUUUCUAUUUUCGUUCGCUUGGCGCAAAACAUUAACAAAAUAGGAGAAACAAGCAAACGCCCUGCAUUGAAGUUGUUGCGGUCGUUGUUGGUGGUGCCAUUGUCGCGUAUUACAUCACUGAAAACUUUAUCUCAGCGCGCACAGCCAUCGUUGGGGCAGGAGUUACACAAUUUACGCACUACGCCAACGACCUUGCCACGUGUAACGCGCACCAUAAGCGCGGUGCAUACUUUAGGAUUUUUUUGUAAUUUACUUCCAAUGAAAAUGGGGGCCACAAUGUAUGCAACACUUUAUACAAUUUGGAUGAGUUCAUAAAGUGUGUAGGAGCGACGAGGGGGAAUCUGUGAAACAUUGGAUUUGAGCGAGCAGCUGGACAACAAGUAAAAGUGCAUUUUAAAGGGAAAUGGCGAGGGGGCUGUUAGUAAACAUGAGUGCAUUAGCCAGUCUUUGGCUUUGUGCAUUGCUUUUGUUGCAGAUGCAGUACGGCGACACGGCGCCUACUCAUCAUUUGACGGUUAGCGUGGAGGGCAAUACACCCACACUGAUUGUAACGUCGGCGGAAAUUGGCAUAACGCCAAAAAUUGUGCACGCGAGCACGGCCACAACAAUAGCUCCGAGCGCUGCAGUUCCAGCAGUCGAAGGCGCCUCAAAGGCAUCGAGUGAAGGGAACAUUGAGGAGUUUGGCAGCAAAGGUAACGUACCGAAACUAAAAGGUAAAUCAUAUAAAUUGCAACAUGGAAAGAAGUGGCAAUAUGCGGCAAAAGGAAGAGAGAAGAGUAAGGAAAAAGUCUCAAAGACACAGGACGUGUUGGGUGAUGCAACGUUAGUGGCAAAGGCAACUACCACUGCAAAUCCGGUAACUCGGAGCGUAGAAGCUACCACCACUAGCGCCAUUCCACCUAUGCAAACUACUAAAACUAUAAAGUUGGCAACAAACACGAGCUUACAACACUUUGGGGAGAGCUUGGCAGUCGCACCUUCCGCCAAAGAAAAUAUUACAAAUUCGAGCGUCGGCUCAUUGGCCCCGGAAAGCGUUAAAGUCACCCGCAAGUCAUCACAACUUGGCAGCGAGGGUAUCACACACAACAAGGCAAGCACAUCCGGGGCCGUUGUGUCUGCAGCAGCUGGCAACAUGCCACAAUCAACCGAGACUGCAACAGAAGUCACCUUGGCACCUACAGCAACGGCAUCCAGCACGAGCAGCUCCAAUGAAGCAGCGGAAAGCGCAAUUCAGAAAGAUGGGGGCGGCAUAGCUUUGGACUUUGCGGAGGCAACAAACUUUCAUGGCGUUGAGCAGGAUAAAGUAACAUCGUCAGGAAAUGUAGAAAAAGUGACUGCAACGUCAACAUUCAUCGAGUCGCACGACACCACGGCAGGGACAACGGCAAAGACAACAUCAACGGCGGCACCAACAGACGCAGCGGUAAUGGAAAUUGCAAAAAAGGCAAUCUCAGCGACAACAGAAAAUGCGCCAUUGAUUGCAAUCCAAAUUGAAACGCUGCCAAAAGCGAUAACAGUAACAACAAAACGUCCACAAGAGACAACAACACCUGUCGAAACAGUUACUAGCAGUGGCAUAAUCGAGCAUCAGCCAGCAAAAACAAGUAAAAUAACAACCACCGAAUUCACAAAAACUGUCGGAGUUGAUGGUGUCAGUCGAAGUGGCCCGACAGUAACAACAUCUUUCAACGACAGUUCCACUCUCCUGAGUACAGUAAUUGAAAGGAGCUCUACAAACAUUGGCGAUAAUCUUUCACAAUCGUCCGUGCUACCUACAGGCGACGCAGCCAUAGCCGCAAAACAACCGGCCAUAAACGUUAGCAGAGCAACAACUAGCACAGAAACAGCGCAAAAAGCAACUACUUCAAUUUCAGUGGCAACAAAAAUACCUGCGAACCCUUCUGAAACGACAACAAAAAGUUUGCUAACAAAGCAACCCACCCAAGGGGUGACGAACAAGGAUAGUGGCAUCAUUUUUAUUGACGAUGUGUCUGAUAACCGCGAAGGCAAGAAAGCCGAAUUGGAGACCGAUGCGGAGGUGGCGGCACAGUUACAACGCGAUGAAGCCGUUAUUGGCCGACAUGAAGGCAUUAAGGCCGUCAAGCGAGACAAAGACGAUACCAGUGGGAGUGAGGGCAUCAUAAAACUCAUUGACUUGGAAAAACAUGAUUUAAAAUCGAUUCCGAAGUCAAAGAAACUUCGCAACGGCAACAAUAACACCAGCGUCGACGACGACGAUGGCCAUGAUGGUGUCAAAAAGACACGAAAAAAACAGCUCACCGAUAAGCAUUACUUGCUGGUUCCUGACAUAAAUGUGAGCGCGGAAUUACAUGCCGAAAAUAAUACCACCGCCGGCGCAAGAACAACAAAUCUUGUUGACACCGCAGAACUGUUUAAAAACGAAAACAGCAGACAAAGCGACGUGCUGCCGCAAACCACACCCCCCGUAGAAGCACUGACCAUGGUUGAGCACAGUAUUGUCGCCAGCAGUACAGAAGUGCCACCAACGCCACGUUACCUAAAAAAUGCCGAAAAGUUCGCUAAAGCAACGCCCACCCUGAAACCAGUGCAUAAUGGCUACUUGGGCCCAAUACUAAUGGAGGAGAAACGUUUCAGUGUUGUACAUGCAAGUAAGCAAUCACAACAGCAUCAUGAGUCCGCCAUAGAAUCCCAGCUGCGCGAUGGCCGCAUUGUAGAAAUCUUAGCCCCGACUGCCUUGAUGGAGCAAAACAACGCCGCGGUCCCGAAAGCAUUCGAUGUAGUAGCAAACAAAAAUCCGGCGACCACAACAACUUCAGCGCCAGCACCAGUUUCGGCCGCCUUUGUACAAAUGGCUGCAGAGCCGAGCACGCCCAUGCUUUCAACGACCGUCUUUCAGGUUCCGGAAUCGAUGAUGAGUACUACGCGCCUACCGCUGAACACUAAACCUGCGGGUGGUGGUGAAGAAAAAUCGACAAUGCAUUACAAACCAUCUCAACAUAAACAAAAUCAACAACAACAAACAUUUUUUAGCCCACCAAAAGGUGUAAGCAAUGUACGCACCGAGUCGAAAAUAUCUGACAUUCAAGUUGAGGUGUACGACUCUACUGUGGACUCCAUCGUAGCAUCGACGAACUUUAAGGAUAGUGACGGCUUUUAUGCUUUGCCGCUGGAAGCUGAGCUGGAUACGCACGUGGGCACUACCAAGCCACCUGCCGCACCACAGGAACGUUUCACACAAUAUGUUGUGGAUAGAGCCGAUUACGCCACACAGGAGUCGAGCGUAGCCCCACAUCUAAGUGUGGCCUCCGGCAAGCCGGAACCAGCCGCUAUUGAAAUACAUAUCAACGUCUCCGAGGGCAUUGGCAAUGAGAGUGAAGAUCUGGAGUUUUCGUACCGGCAGCCAGAUUACACGGGCAGCGGUUUCAGAACGAAUCACAUGGAUGAGCUGUUGGCCAAAACCGCAAAAGCCAUUUCAAUGAAACCACUUGCACCGAGCAAUAGUGAGUCCAGCACUCGAGAAAAUGUCGAGCGAGGAGAUGAGAUUUUAGUGGUGGAGAUAAUCGAUACGGGCGAAAACAGCACUGAGAGUUUAAUGAGUGCAGAGAACCCCAACCCGAUAUUCACUUUUCGUUCCGAUCCCGAGUCGGAUGUUGAGUUGAAAGACAUCAAAUAUUUUCCACCCGAGGUUAAGGUUAAACCUCCACAAAUGUCCGACGAGCUCUUCCUGGCUGACUUGAAAAAAGAGAACGCGUUGCCAAAGCCACCAUUGCCUCCGCCUCCUCCACCACGUAAGCCGACAAUGGAUCGGGACUCAGACACAAUUUUCUACAUUUCCAAUACUGAAGUGAAAGUGGGUGAGUCUCUUCCCACCGCAAACACAAAUUAUGAGCAACAGCAAAUACGGAAAACUAGAUUAGAGAAUCAGUUCUUUCCGGCAAAUUAUUUAGCCAGCACACAUCCGAAUGCAGCCAGAUUGGACGAACAGCUGUUACCGCAGCAAAAUCGCUACGAAGAAGACAUCAUUCUUUCGCCACUACGCAACACCGCCGAUUCACUGAAGAUAUUUCGGAGCCAAGGUGACGGGGCACCCCCAUUGGAUGUUACCUAUGUUGGCGAAUCUGUAAUGGAAGUAGAGCAGUUGUCAGGUACAGGCGCCACCACCACAAUUCCUUCAACGUCCUCACUGCUGCCAGACGUUAUCAUACAGCCUGCCAUUUUGCCAGAAAUGUCGAUUGGUGUGCCCGUUAUAGGUGAACUACCGCCGCAAAUUGAACUCAAGGAAAUCGAUUUCAUGCCCGACGAAGCAAACCAGCAGCACUCAGGCAUGUACGAGAACAACAUGCUGGAUGAAAAUGGCAAUGACGUCGACAGACUCGUUGAGUCUUCCAUGCAGUAUGGCGGCGAUCUGAUAGACGAGAGCGUCGGCGGUGGUGGCUUUGAUGGAGUCGAGGGCUCUUACCCGUUCGGCAAUCCAACGGCAUUGCACAACAAGGCGCACCACGUAGUCGAUUAUGCACACUUCACAGUGAACCAUGGCGUAAAUAAUCUGCGAAAGGAUGAACUGAGCGUUGAUGUGGCGGGCUCCGGUGAGAUGAUGGCUGGCCAACCAGCCGCAGCAAUGCCAAGCAGUCUGGAGGAAGAGCUUUUAACUCGCAGUGGCAACGAGACCUUACCAUUGUCCAUGAUUGCGAAUGGCAGUUACGCUGGAACGUCUACGGAGCGUAUGAGCAACGCCACGGCCUACUCGGUAAGGGAGGAUCCAACUGCAAUCGAAUUGGUAUUUAAAAAUAAUUAUGCGUUGAUAAUUGGAAUCUCCAUUAUGCUGCUGCCGCUUGUGGUGACUAUCUCCAUGAAAUGGUGCCUCUGUAUAAGUAUCUAUGGUUCACCGAAUAGUCCAGAAGCCAAUCAAACGAAUGGAAAUGUUGCAAAUGGCAAGAAAGGCGGAGACGGUGGCAACUCACAGGAAGAGGAUAUUUCACGAGUCGCUCGCGAAACUACAAUGCAUUACAAUACCUCCGAGAAAGAUGGCGUAUUCGUCGUGGAGGUUGCUCGCGGGGUCGACUCCAAAAGCAUUCCGGGCAGCCCAACUACCGAGGAUCCCCGUCCUAUCUAUGAAACACUACCGGCAGCUGCGGCCGCAACUUCCUUGAGGUCAGAGGAUGAGAAGGUUUUGCGAAAUCUCGAGGAGAUACAAAUCCACCAACCACCACCGGAAUCUAUACAACAGCAGCCACCCAGCUGCAUUGAAGAAAUACCCGAACGUAGCCUACACCAAAUCGUGGAACUGGAAGAACCCUCUGUUUCGCCUCACUCUUUUAGAGCCGAAGCAGCCGGUGCACGCGCACAAGAGAAAUUCAGUCUCGUACGCAAUUCUAAUACCGGUCUGUCGCAGUCCGAUUUGAGUUCCACAUCUUCAACUAACUCGAACAAACGAUACUCCUACGGCAACCAAGAGCUGUACACCAUAGAGUCGACCACGUGCGCAGCGGCAUUGCCAACUACAAAUAUGCCGCUUACACAUUCCGCCGCCCAUAAUGCGACCGAGGAUGAUGACCACAGGUCAGAGAAUGGGCAUUGUCUCGAACAUUCGCCGGCUUCCCAGGGAAAUGCCGCAACUACGAUGGCCAAGGACAGCGUCAAUUGCAAUGAGCUGUCUAAUGAUGAGCAACCCACUGAGCAGAUAAUACAGAAAAGUGAUAUGAAAACGUCCCAUGCAAGUGAGAUCGAUGCUGAGGCAGGUAAUAUUGUCGCGGAGACUUCAAUUGCUGCUGAGCGGAUGUCACCAACACAAAAAUCUGCGUUGGGAACAGAAGUAGGGGUGAAUGAAGUAGUCGAAGGCGAAGCAGAAGCUGAAGCUGAAGUCAAGAUGGAAGAAGAAAAAGUAGAAUCAAAAGAGCAAGCAGUAGACAUACACACUGAAGAAGAGGCAGAAAUAGAAAGUGGCAUGUCCAAUCAGGUGGUAAGUGAGGAGUGCAUAAACAACAACAAUUUAUCAGAAUAUGUGAAUGAAGAGCCAGAGUUGUCAGUCUCUAAUGACAUUAACAUUGACCACAAUGGAGAGAAUGCGCUUGAAAAGGCAGAGUUACCAGCUCCCAAUGAAGCUAGCAACAGCACAAUUCUUCCCAUUUCUGAAGAUACCAUAAAAAAGGCAGAGUUACCAGCUCCCAAUGAAACAGACCACAGCACAAUUCUUCCCAUUUCUGAAGAUACCAUAAAAAAGGCAGAGUUACCAGCUCCCAAUGAAACAGACCACAGCACAAUUCUUCCCAUUUCUGAAGAUACCAUAAAAAAGGCAGAGUUACCAGCUCCCAAUGAAACAGACCACAGCACAAUUCUUCCCAUUUCUGAAUGUACCAUAAAGGAAGAAAACUGUGAGGAAGAAGAUGAUGAUGGAAAAAGUGACAAUGAAGAGCUCAUGAAUGGAGGCGAUGAAGCUCAUCAUGCAUUUCCACAGCCAAUAGUUUGCAAUUAUGGCUACGAUAGCAUCAUUAGCUUGCCUGAUCCACCAUCCACCGAAGAAAUAAAACAAUUGGGAGACCUUGUCGGUAUUGAGAGUAACCAAUUAGACUCGCUGCCACCACCUUCGCCACCCCCGCCACCGAUUGCCACUGACUUAAAUGACAACAACACGGCUACCACAAAGAACGCGACAACCACCACCAACACAUCUACCACCGAAGAAGAGUCCAUAACGGCACAGUUGAAAUUGAAACAGAUCUUAAGCCACAAUCCCGUAGAUUCAUCAGCAACUGAGCAUUGCCAAGUACUACUCACCAAUGGAAAAGGCCACGACACCACCAAUGGAAAUAUCAUAGAGAAUGGUGCCGAUGGUAUCGAUGUAAAUGGUCACGAAACGAUUAAUGGAGACGAGAUGCUAGCAGCUCCUUUUGAGCGCGACCCAACUGCGGCUCCCAACACCGAAGACAGCGCGGGUACUAGAAAGGUGCCACAAACUCCACUCACACCACCAGAAUCGCCACCGCUUUCCUCACCCGUACACUACACCAAUGGCGUUAGUGCUAUUAACGGCAUAAAUAGUGUGAACGGGGGUAUUUGCGGUGGUCCACUACCCCUUGUCGUGGACGUCAAUGGUAGUUAAUACGUAUGUUGAGCACCAACUACUCUCUACAGGCCAUGAGCUAAGUUACUCUACAGUUUGCCCAUUACAAGUGAUGUACUCGUAGUUGUGGCAACAAUUGGCUUAUGGAACUUCAAAGGAUGCGUGGAACACAUAACGGUUAUGUCGAAUUUCUCGAGCAAUGCAACGAACGAACCAAUUGAGCCAUUCACGCCAAUGUGCAGUGGCGGCGGGAAGCUGUUGGAGGGAAGUAUGCAAUAAAAUGAUUUAGAAUAUUUAGCAAGUAAAAACGCGUAUUUGUAUGUUAGCCUGUAAGUUUUUACGAUACUUAGUCAAAAAGCCAGUGGUCUCUUUUAUAAACGAUAACAAACCAAACAAUUUUAAGUAUGAACUCUCCACAAGAAAAGCUAGUCCGGAAAUGGCGAUGAAUAAAAAGAUGGGUAAAACUGGGGUAUAGAAAAUUAAAAAACACAAAAUUUAAGAUUUAAGGAGCGCAUAUUUCCACAAUAAGGACACAUAGUAGGCAGACAGAGAAUGAAAUAAUGGAAUGGAGAGUAGAUGAAGAGGCAUAGAAGAAGAGGAAUCAAUCGCUUUGAUUUUCAAGUGGGUAUUAGUCAUCGUAUAAAGUUUACACUGACAUCAUUAAAACUGACUAUUGAACUCAUAGGGACUAGCGACUUUAUAGUGAAUGAUCCGGAAAAUUGGUUACAUACUUAUUUGCCGCAAGAAAAAAUGGAAGAAAGUUGCAUCGUGAAUGAUGUCAAUCAAGUAAUUGCAAAUCUAGUCAAAAUUGCAUGAUCCGGUAAAUUAAUGAAUUUUAGUUUUGUGAGAAAAACUUGUUCAACACUAGUCGUAAGCAGGACCUAAGAAGCAGAAAAAAUAUUCCAAUGGGAGGUUUUAGGAAGUAACGGUUUAAAGCUAAUGGCAGGGAUCUGCGAGAAGUAAAAAAUGGUUCUUACUAAAAAAAAUGGGAAAGUACUAAAUGGCAAGAAUGCAAAUUUCCACUUCCAAAAAAAGCAUGAAAUAAUAAAAGGAUGUGCUUUUCACCAUAAGAAAAUAGAGCACUUCGAUUUCUUGACGGAAGUUCGUCAGCAGACGUUCGUAAGUCGUCAAAGCGCGCCAAAAAGUAUCUGGAAAAGGUGUAAAACUGAUUACCACUCCGUUUUUGAAAACUCCAACGUUGAGCCUGCGUAAAAGUGCCCAAGAAAAUAUGCCAAAAUAUCUAAAAAAAACAGUUUCUGAACAUUUAAUUUGGCUAUCAAAAUUACCCGAUGCCAAACCUAGAGAAAAUGUUUUGGCCUGAAUAAAGUUGCAACUUCCAAAAGUGGAUUGUAGAAUUUGCAAUUUCGAGCCUUGUGUGCAGAAGAUAUAACGAAAAUCUCGUCGGACCGAAAACGGCAGAUAAUAAUCGAUGGUAAUUGCAUAUUAUUUUCCUCAAGGGUUUGGCACCACCACUAAAACAAUACAUAGUUUUCUAAGAAAAUAUGUAUGUAUGCCCUUUUCUGCAUAAAAGUGACAACUCUUUAAUCUGGUAAAAGUACUAAAAAGUUUCCAAAAUAAAGUUAGUUGAGGGAAUAGAGAGGAUUGCGCUUAACUCCCAUUCGUCACCUCCUAUUCAGCGCUCUUUAAAUUUGACAGAAUAAAGUGGUGAAGUGACGCAUCUCAUUGCAGAUUUUUCUUUUUUUCUACCCUCUUUUCGACAUAUUAUUUUCCAACUUUUAUUGUUUACAAAACUUUGUUUUGAUUGAUUAUAAACUGACCAAAUAUUUCGUUUUCUUCAGGAAGAUGACUUCCAAUUGCGGUCGAAAUAACGACAGAUAAGUGUCAGGUCCACAAGUGUCCACAAUACUAAAAUUAAAGGUUUUUCUGAGAUUUCACCAAAUUUUAUUUAAAAGUAUAUAUAACUAAUAAACGUAUAUAUAUAAACAUAUGAGUGUGCAACUAAGUUUUAAAGGUUUUUUUUCCAUUUCAAAAAUUUAUUGUUAAAAAUUGGUACAACCUAAUUAUUUUAUCCAAAAUACUGUCCAUCACUAGCUAUAACUUUUUCCCACUUCUCUGGUAAUGCAUGGAUUCCGUCCCAAUAAAACUGCUCGCUUUUGGAGGCGAAGAACUCAUCAAGCCAAUUUUGGAUACCUUCAACCGAAGUGAAACGCACUCCCGUAAGGGCAUUCUGCAUCGACCGGAACAAAUGGUAAUCUGAUGGUGCAAGAUCUGGGCUAUAAGGCGAGUGGGGUAGAACUUCCCAUCCGCUACCAUCGAGAUAGGUUUUGACCACUUGUGCGACAUGCGGCCGAGCAUUGUCAUGAUGAAAGAUCAAUGUCUCAUGUCUGGUUUCCCAUUCCGGACGUUUUUCCGCAAUUGCUCGCUUCAACCGCAUAAGUUGUUGUCUGUAGAGUGCUCCGUUUAUCGUCUGACCACUUUUCAGUAGUUCGUGGUAAACGAUUCCCUUCUGGUCCCACCAAACGCAGAGCAUGCUGCCAUUGCUGCCAUGGAUAUUUGGCUUUGGCGUCGAUGGUCCGGGUUCGCCACGCUUAACAUACGCUGCCUUGCGCUUCGGAUUGUCGUAGUGAAUCCAUUUCUCAUCUCCAGUAAUAAUGCGAUGCAAAAACGACUUCGCUUUGUAUCGUUGAAGCAGCAUUUCGGAAGCAGUGACACGGCGUUCGAUAUCCCUUGGUUUGAGUUCGUAAGGCACCCAGUUUCCGACUUUCUGGACCAUUCCAAUGGCUUUCAGCCGCUUUGAAAUGGCUUGAUGAGUCACGCCUAACGUUGUCGCAAGUUCUUCUUGGGUUUGACACGGGUCUUCGUCCAAAAUUGUCUCCAAUUCGGCGUCUUCAAAAGUUGGUGGCCUUCCUUCGCGCUCCUUGUCGGCUGUGUCAAAGUCACCACUUUUGAAUCGUCGGAACCAGUACUCGCAGGUUGAAAUUGAUGGAGCAUUCUCACCGCAAGCCUCACACAGCAUCCGAUAACUUUCCGCUGCACUUUUCUUCAGAUGGAAGCAAAAUAGCAAUGCUUCCCGCGAAUGAAGUUUUGUAGGCACAAAAAUUUUUUGUUUACACUUCGACGAAAUUACGCAAACUAAGAAACGACACUUAAUGAUGACGCUUUCACAUGAAACUCGUUACACAAAUACUCAGUACAAUUUGACACUAGUAUUACUAUAUGUUUUAAAUCCUUUAAAACUUAGUUGCACACCACUACUGGUGUGGCGACCGUCUCCGUUUGCGUUCUGUUCGUCUCUCCUCGAUUUGUCAGGAGAUAUCUUCGUCGACCGACGCUGCAAUUCGGAUAUGGCGAGGCCACAAUGCACACUAGCUAGUUGCAGGGCUACCAGCUCGCUGACAUAAGUAAAAGCCAUAAAUCAAUUUUAUUUGUUGUUGUUUAUUGCUAAGGCGGGGUUGAGCUUAUGAAAUAAAAACACGAGCACUAAAACUUCGUACACUGUACAUUGUUUUUUUGGUUCCAUCAUAAAAUUCAUCCACAAUUACGUCGAGACAAAGUUAUACCUAUUUUUCAACUUUCAGCUGCAUCAUCCUGUAAACCACUAUUUUUUUAAUUUUAUAAUAUCUCACUUCAAAUUUUUGGUUUGAUUUUUCUCUUACAAUACGGUAUUAGGCUUCGGAAUGCAGCGAGUCGGUAAGCACCGAUUUAGUUGAUGCUCCGUAGUGAAGUGCGACUCGAUUUUGGUUUUACUAUAAUUGUCGGUGGCCGUCGUAGCCAAAUGGGUUGGUCCCAACCAUUCGAAGAACAUAGAUUUGAACCUCCGUACAUGAAACAAAAAAUUAAACAAAGAGAUUUUUUGCUAAUAGCGGUCGCCCCUCGGCAGGCAAUGGCAAACCUCCGAGUGUAUUUCUACCAUUAAAAAUCUCCUCAAAAACCAUUUGCCGUUCAUAGUCGGCUUAAAACUGUAGGUCUCUCCAUUUGUGGCCCCACAUCAAAACGCACACCACAAAUAAGAGAUAGACCGAAGAGAAGGUCAAAUACCUCACAGAACUGUACGCGCCAGUUAUUUAUUUUUUUUAUAAUUGCAGAAAUUUUCAGACACAAAGCAUUUCCUCUGAGGAAAUUUCGUUACGAAUUUGUUUAGGAUCCACUAAGUCAAGUUAUAGCGCGAAGAAAGGUGCGACUCGCGAGUUUUUGCUUGCCAUAGUUUACUUAUAGAUAUUUACAGUUCAUAAGCAUUUACUGUACAGUACCGAAGAAAAUGCUUAACAAUAAAAAUAUGAUGCAUGCAGUAGCCGUUUAAAGAGGGGAAAUACCCAAAAAAAUAUGAAAAGGGAUGGAAUGAGAAUUGCCAAUAUAUAGUCGUAACGGAAUAUACACAUUCAUAAACACCUAGAUAUACUCAAAUAUUAAAGAAUCAGUCAUCAAAAUCAUAUACUAAUCCAAAAAAAAAAGAAAUAAUAAUAAUUGAUAAUUAAUAAACAAAGUAUACAGACAUUUAGCCAGAAAUCUUAUCAAGAACUGAGAAAAUGCAUGCCAAUCACAGUAGCCAAAACAUUUUACAGAGAAAUGGCCGCUAAAGAAGUUUCUGUCACUCAAUUGCCACAAACUUACACAUCCAUACGUACACACACACACACCCACACACCAAUACUUACUUAUGUGAGACCUUUAAUUAGCAAGUUGGCAAGUAGUUUUAUAGAAUUCCAAGCAAGUUUCAUUAUAUUUGCGCUUAGGGAUUACGUAAAUCGCAUUUGCAAAAUAUUAUAGCUCGAAAUAGAGGACAUACGAGUAUUUAUUAGAUGUCUAGUAAUAGAGGAAAUCAAACCUGAGGAAUUCUUUCAAGUGAAACAGUGUUCAUUUGUUGAACGUUAGUACCAAAACAAAGUAGCCAAAUUUUGUCAGCCAUUUAUUGAAUCCAAACUAUAAAUUUAUUAAAACGACAGCGGAACUUCGAAUAGUGAGAAUAAGUUCUGUGCUUUCACUUUCGAGAGAGUGAGUGUAGAGCUAAGCUUUCACACUUGAAAUGCUAGUAGAAAGACUCUGUCAUGUUGAAAAGCACCACCGAAGUGGAGGCAACCAUUGACUUACCGCUAUUCCAAUCUAUCGAUACAAGCUCACCUUAGAAUACUUGAAUAACACCCUAUUUAAAUGUCUAUUCUAUUGUACUAUUCCGCUAACUGAUAGAAUGUAAAAACAAAAAAACAAAUAGAAUGAAAGAAAUGAAGUAAAUAUUUCGGGGAAACUUAUAAUUCACUUAGGCGAUAUUAAACAGAAAAUUAGUAUAAAAUGAGCAAAUCAAUAUAUAUACACACACACACACUUAAAAUAACUAGGCAAAGGAAUGAAAAUGUGCCGAUUUUUACAUUUUACAAAAAGUUUACAUUUAAAGACAAUUUUAUUUGCAAAAAGGAAAGCGAAUGAAAGCAAAAGUAGCAGCAAGAAAUAUUGAAAGAAAAUAAAAAAACGGCAAUUAAUAGAGCAAAUAGAGUAAUGAAGUCAUACAAAAAAACUCGAAAAAGAGAAACAAGAAAGAGGUAGGAGAAAAAAUUGUUCAGCGUAAAAAGAAAAAACUAUUAAUGUUACAUUGAGAAACGUUUCCCGUUAGCAAAAGGAAAUCUCCAAGGCUAUGACAUGAGAGAAUUCUCUUUAAAAAUACAACAGCAAAAUUAUAUUGAGACGGCGAGCCGCGCGAUUCACUCGCUCCAAACGCAGCUACAUAUUAAGGCGUUUUCUUAUGUUACAAGAAUGGGUGAGAAAUGACAAAAAAAUUAAAAAUAAAUAAAUAAAAAGUGUUUAUUACGUACAUAAAUUUUUAAAUUUUAACAAUAAGUAGUUAUUAAUUCAUAACGGAUGAUUUUGAUGGCGAUAAUGAGUUCGCACAAAAAAUUGAGCAAAUAAAAAACAGAAACAAAAACAAAAGAAAAUGAAAAUACACAAUUCAAAAUGUAUUAAAUGCCAAAUGCGUAAUGCAAAAUGCGAAAUGCGAAAUGUAAGCAAACAACAUAAGGGUUAAUUUUGUGAAUGGAAAAUCAAAUAAACCAAAAAAUUGGACAAAGUAAAUGUGAUUGUUAUUUAAACUUGAAACAAAUUAUUAUUAUUAAUAAUAAUUAUGAUAAAUAAAACUGAAAUUAAAUUAAUUACCGCUGACGCACUUAU